AUAAUUAAAAAAUUAAAUAACUAUAUUAUAAAAAAAUAAUAAAUACAUAAAAGCUCAUUUAAAACACUUAAGAAAAUAUUUGCAAAAAAUAGAUAGAUGAAUUACGAAUUAUAAAAAAACGAUACUUAACCGAUCUCCUCAAAUUAAGAUUAAUCUGCUAUUUAGAAUGAAAACCAAAACUCUGAAGACUUCUAACAGAUACACAAUGAAGAUGUUAUGAAUGCUCAGUAAUCUUAAGAAAAGGCCAAGAAUGAAACAGAUUUUGAUUCUCACAACUCUGAAAGCAACUCUCAAAAAGAUAGUUAAAAAGUCUAAGAUCCCUAGAAUUCUAAUGAAGAAUAAUAGAAAUCUAACAACGAAGAAAGAAAACUAAAUGCCCUUUACUUUAUUGGAGUUAAUAGUUUGGUCAUGAAUGUCUUAUUUUCCCACAAGUUGAGCUUCCUAAAUAAUAUUUGUGUUCAAGUACUUGUUAUAGCCUUAGCAAAUGCUGUUACAUAUAUCUCUCUUUAUAAAUGUAAAGAAACAAAACAGCUCUUUAAAAAAGUAAAGUAAAGUUCUUCUUCUCUAUCGCAAAAGGCAAGAAACAAAAUUACUAAAAAGAGACUUUUAGUAUCUUUUGGAAGCUUAUUAUGUCUUAUUCUUAUAGCUAUUACUAUAUUUUAAAUAAUAAGAGUUUAAUAGCUCUAAAAAAACUUUAAUAAUCUUAAGGCAGAUGUUACAGACAACUAUUACAAAAUCAACAGUUUAUACUAGUAUAGAGAAUCUGAUUACAUGAGAUUUAACUAACAUCAAUUUGAUAUUUAAAAACAAGAAUAAAUUAAUAUUUAACUUGGAAACUAAUUAAGAUAAUUAGAAAUUCUCGCCUAAAGGCAAUCUCAAGAAAUAGAACAACUCAAGCUAAAGCUUACCGAUUAAUAAAGACAGUAAAUAUUCCAAAACGAUUAAAUCAACAAAUAAAAGUAGGAAUCUUAACAAACACAGUAACAAAGUUAAUAACAAAGCACUCAAUCAAAAUAAUAAUAUUCUAACCAAAGAUAGGAAUAAGAAAGACCUGAAUAUCCAAAAAUUAAACAACCAAUAAGAGAAUAAGUCAGAUGCUCAUCAACCUUUUUAUGA